AUGUGGCUUCUUGGUUCAGCUCCCGAAGUCAUGGAAGAGCGCCUGUCACCUUCUGCACGUUUUGUCCGAAGCCCCUGGAAUAACCAUAAUCAAGCCGCAACGAGGGUUCACAGUAUUGAAGCAAUAUUGGGAUUUAAAGACGAAAAUAUGUUUCAUCAAUCUGUGUCCUACAAUGGAUCAGGAAAACCCGCUGAGCCGAGAGGAAACGGAAUUAUGUCAUCCCCGAAGAAAGAACUCAACCCAAAAAGUUUUGACAGUGUCUGCUGCAGCAGUUCGGGGGCCUCUGUCAGUCCUGACUUACCUGAAGGGGAGGAUAAAUUGUACGUUGAUGAGAAUCCAAAGACGAAACACCGGCGCAAUAGGACCACGUUCACCACCUUUCAGCUGCACGAGCUGGAGAGAGCGUUCGAAAAGUCGCACUAUCCUGACGUCUACAGCAGAGAGGAGAUCGCGCUGAAAGUUCAUCUUCCCGAGGUCCGAGUACAGGUGUGGUUCCAGAACCGUCGGGCCAAGUGGCGUCGCCAGGAGAAGCUGGAGGUGAGCUCCAUCAAGCUCCAGGACACUUCCUCCUUCCUGUCCUUCAGCCGCUCCUCCUCCCAGUCUCUGGGCUCCGGGCUACAGGUGGAGCCAUGGCUCAGCACUCCCACCACCACUGCCACCCCCCUGCAGUCCCUUUCCGGGUUCAUCACCAGCCCAUCUCAGGGCCUCCAAAGAACCUCCAGCUACACUCCUCCACCCUUUCUCAACUCCCCCAGUUUCGGGCAUAUUGGUUCUCUGUGUCCUCCUCCGCCGCCCCCGUACCAGUGCUCAGCGUCUGGGUACGUGGACAAUUUAACUAUGGAGGAGUUGGAUCCUCGUAAUUCUAGUAUUGUGUCUCUGAGGAUGAAGGCUAAGGAGCAUAUUCAGUCUAUUGGAAAACAUGGUGAGGAUGGAUGCUGGCUUGCAUCCCUCUGA